AUGCCGCCCGUGGCCACUGUGAAAUCGCUUGACCACCUUGUCCUCACGGUCAAGAACCUCGGGACCUCUAUCGGCUUCUACACCUCAGUGCUAGGGAUGAAGCACGUAAGCUUCCGUCACGGCGGGGUGGAGCGGCACGCACUGCGCUUCGGCCAGCAGAAGAUCAACCUGCACGUCAGCGGCAAGGAGUUUGAGCCGAAAGCAGCGACCGUCCAACCGGGCUCCGCCGAUCUGUGCUUCUUGGUCGAGGACGACGUCGGCCAGGUCUUGCAGCGGUUGCGCGAGGACGGGAUCCAAGUGCUGGAAGGGGGUGGCGUGGUCAAACGCACGGGAGCCAAGUCCGCUUUGGCGAGCAUCUACAUUCGUGAUCCUGACGGAAAUCUGAUCGAGCUCUCGAAUGAGAAGACUGAAUAG